AUGGUCUGCAUUACAGAGACUUGGUUAUCCCCUGCAAUUCCUGACAAUUUGGUAUCCUUAUCCAAUUUCAAUCUGUUUAGGAACGAUAGACUGGUUUCAAACGGCGGAGGUGUUUGUGCCUACAUAAAUAGCAAUAUUUAUUGUAGACCAAUUGAGGAAUUUGAAAACUCUUCGAUUGAGUCACUGUGGUUAUCAGUGAGACCAAAGAAGUUACCCCGCUCUAUCUCGGUUAUCUUACUGGCUGUUGUUUACCACUCCACAGCAUCCCGCCAAACUGAAAAUGUAGAAAUUCAAACCAAUGUUGACUCAUUUUUAUAUUCUCACCCUGAAGCUCUAGUCCUAAUUACAGGCGACUUCAAUUUUAGAAGCACGGGUCUCGAUGCAAACCAUCUUAAAAGAAUUGCUGGUCUGACGCAGAUAGUCAAGGUUGCUACCAGAGCUGAUGUAACUUUAGACGGGUGUUUAAUUUAACCAACUCAAAGGUGGAUAACAUUUAUGAAUCAAUCCAACUCCCUCCCAUUGGAACUAGUGAUCAUUAUACGAUUCUUAUGAAAGCCCAACCUUCCCCCUCAAAGCCAGACAAUUCACAUAUAUGGAAACGCGAUCUCAGAGAUAGCAGGAUACGGCCUUUUGGACGAUAUAUCACUACAUUUGAUUGGUCUCCCAUCUUGGACAUACAUGACUGUGAUGCAAAAUAUGAAAAGUUUAACGAUACAAUGAUCACGAUGAUCGAAAAUUUCUUUCCUUUGGAACGGAUUAAAGUACGAAAGUGUGAUAAGCCUUGGAUGACGUCAUCAAUAAAAUCUGCUAUUGGGACAACCUCGUUCCCAGUCUCUUUGCUCUUGGGAAGCAAAGAUCCUGGUCGGAGCUGGUCACGUGAAACCCCAGACUUUGGGGGUAAAUUGAAUUUGACCUCAGGGAGGGGUAGUAGAGGAGACUGUUUGUUGCGUUUGGAAAAUUGCAACUUUAUGUGUUAUAAUUUCGGGUGAUAAAAAUGUAAUUUGCAACAAGAGAUUGUGAAAGGAACUGCUCUAAAUUCGUACCGAUCAUGACAAGACUUCCUGCUAUACUGAAUGUCAUCAAUAAUAAGUGUUGCGUUACAUUUCAAGCGAGAAGCUGGAUCAUAUUUCACUUGCAAGGAAAACACUCCACACGCGCCUGGCUUGCGAAGUUUAGCACGUAUCCGUAGAAACAUACAUAUCUUCUACACAGACUGAUCGAUCAAACGGUAUUAAACGAACGAUAUGGCUCUUUAUAGUUGAAGUGUAUCCUGUCUGAUAUUCAAAACAAAAGAUUUAUUUUAUAACGGGAUCCUUUGAUUUCCCAAACAUCGCCAACAUGUGUAAACAAUAGUGCUAUUUUGACUGUAAAAGGCUAAAGCACAGGAUUAAAACCCGUUAUGGACUGGCUAUAAAAUUCAUUUCAUUUACAUUGCUGAAACUCAACGAUCAAGAAAAAUAAUGUCGAAGUGUAGCUAGCUAUCUGUUAUCACACAAACGCCAAGACUGGCUUCCGUGGUUUCCGUGCGUGCGGUACAACUUGAAUAUCUAGGACGAUAUAUGCACCAGACACUGGUAUUGUACUUUAUAUAAAUUAUUUCAUAUUUUGUAUAUACAGUAAUUUGCAACAUGUAUAAUAUUAGACCUUUCAUUGACAUUGGCAUUGUCCAUUGAGGGCUUUAUUGAAGAAUAAUCCAGCUUUUUUAGACUUGUAUAAUGGAUUAGUGCCGCUGUGAGUUAUCAGUAUUUAAAUCAACUUUAAUCCUUUAUAACGUAUUCUGUAAGCGACAUUUUAGAAGUUUAAUCUGUUUUACCAAAAAAUACUGGAGGUAAGCAACCUAUCUAUCAAGGGAAACUUUAAAAGGUUUGUUGCAGUAAAACUCAUUAAUAUAAGCGAGACUUCGUGCGUGUGCAUCAUAUACAGUUUAUGAAUUAUGUAUAUCCCUGAUAAAACGUAGGACACUUUAUACCAGAUGUAAUAAAAAAUACUCUGCUAAACCUUUUGUGCUGUCAUUCCUUUGCAUUUAAGGGGAGAGGGUAAAUGGCGAUAGAAUUUAUAGGAGAUGCUGUGCAAUAUUUUGGCUUCAACAAACAGGUACUCGUGCAGACAAAAAAGGAAAUUCAUGCAGUUGUGAAUUGUCGUAUGUCAGCUGCGCACUGUCGAUUUCAAACAAUUUUGUACGUUAUAUUUUAUCUUCCUGGUGUUUAAUAUAAACGAUGAUAACCUUUUAAAAAAAAUCUAGAGCAAUAUGUCUAUAAACAGUUUUAGAAUCAAUAGAAUGGACAUUCAAUGUGUAGGCUAUUUGGCUUGUGUCCAAAUGUGUCACGUUUAUAAUCCUACGACCUAUAAACAGUCGAUUUUGAGACAUCUGUUUGACAAAAUUUAUACCGUGUCCAUAUUAGAGCAAUUCAUUGGCAUAUUAUAAGCAUAUUAUAAAUAUCAGAGCCAGAACAGAAACGUACGCGUGAAAUUUAACUAUGCCCGAACCGGCGAACCCCGAGAAAAUAAAAAUAUUUCAAAGCGUACAGACGGUACAGUCAUACGUUCUCGUUCCUUGAUUUCCUGAAUUUUCUGUUGCUAUAAGAAUCUGCAUUUUAGCAUGUUUGUAUAAUUUAAAAGCAAACAGAAGCCAAUUUAGCAAGUAGUUUGAGGGAUAUAUGAUUCUCGAAGAUGGAUUAGAUGAUUGUACAGAACGGCCACUCCUUGCAAUCGAACUGCGAACUGCGGAAGUGGAAACAUGUAAUAUGAGACAUUUCCAUCCCCCUCUUGGGCUAUCAAUUUUCUAUGGGUCACGUGACCAGCUCCGACCAGGGUCUUUGCUUCCCAAGAGCAAAGAGCCUGGGAACGAGGUUGCUAUUGGGAGACGCCAAAAAGCCUUACAUGAAAGCGGGAAAAAUUCAGAUAUUUAUAAAUAUUGGCGUAACAGAGUCCAAUCAUGCAUUAAAGUUGCACGAACGAUCUACUAUAUGAGGUCAAUCGAGAAAUUGAAAAAUUCUAACCCGGCAAGAUGGUGGAAAGAAGUGAAAGCCAUUGGUGGUCUUUCGUCAAGAAAUUCUUAGUAUUCUCAGUUAUUUUCUGAUGAUGUUCGGAACUGUGAAGAAUUGGCCGAAAAUUUUAAUAACUUUCUUACUGCCCUUACAUCACAUUUUGACUCUCUAACUCUCGACGAAAACCAGGAGGACCUAGAAGUACCAAAUGAUUACCUCAUCGACGCCCAACAGAUCUAUAGGAAACUUCGUAAAAUUAAAACCACAAGAUCACCGGGUCCUGACAUGUUUCCAAAUAAAAUUCUGAAAACAUUUGCUUUUGAGCUUGCCCCAGUUAUCUCGGACAUUUUCAACCCAUCCAUGACACAAGGCACCUUCCCGAAGGCAUUGAAGAGAUCUAUUGUAGUGCCUGUCCCUAAGGUAUUACCCCCAAAGAGCAUUGAAGACGACCUACGGCCAAUAUCUUUAACAUCUCAGAUCGCCAAAGCUAUGGAGGAUUGUGCUUUGGACAAAUUUUUUCCUGAAGUUGUAAAUAAACUUGACACUAAACAAUUUGCACUCCCGAAGAAAUCAACAACCCACGCUUUGGUGUACCUUUUACAUUCAAUCUUGGUUGCUCUUGAGAGAGGUUCCUGUACUGCUAGAUUGUUCUUUGCAGAUUUUAAGAAAGGUUUUGAUCUAGUAGAUCACAAUGUUAUUAUUAAAGAGUUAACCCUGCUUGGUACCCAUCCCUCCAUAAUUCGGUGGAUUAAAGCCUCCCUCUGCGAACUAAAUUAUAAGAAAUGCAAACAGAUGUUGAUCAACUUUCUUAAAUAUAAAGGAUCUGAUGAUGAAAACCCGAUCUAUGUUGCACGUAAACCGGUGGAAACUGUGUCCUCUUUCAAGCUCAUAGGUGUAUGGAUAUCAAACGAAUGUCAUGGAAUACUCAUGUUGACAUGGUAUUGA